AGUUGGCUACUUCCGCUAGGUUGAGCACAGCGGAUUCCUUUGCCUUGCAGUUGUAUCAUGGUCUUGCUGUAGUGCUGUAUUACCCAUGAGAAGAGUUACUGUCACUGCUGGGAGUAUGCAUGGAUAGAAUGGGACGGUGUGGACAUUUCUUUCCCUCGCUGGAUGUGAUUAAAGGUGGGACGCCGUCAUGAACUGACCAAGCUAUCUAAAGUACUGGCACCUUCCUGCCUUGGGGCAGAGAGAAUAAGCAAGAAAAGGAGAUGGAGAAGAUUACUGCUCUCCACUUGUCAUCAGCCACUUUAACACUCUCAGAGAGAGACUGAAAGGGAGUGAAAGGGAUCAUCUGGCAUUCAGGGAGGAGAGUAAGACAAAGAAAAAACAUCCAAAGCUAUAAGCCACACUUAAUAAAGCAGACGAAAUGGCUUUCUUGGACAAUCCAGCUAUUAUCCUGGCCCACAUCAGACAGUCUCAUGUGACCAGCGAUGAUACAGGAAUGUGUGAGAUGGUACUAAUAGACCAGGAUGUGGAUCUGGAGAAGUGCCAGCUGGCUCUGGUGCCCGGCAGCAGCUGUGGGUCAACGGGGUCAGGCUCCCUGAGCGAGGGGGGCAGUAGUGUGACAGACAAUCAUGCCUGCGACCUCUCCCAAUCCAUGGACAUCACUUCUAGCUGGGACUUUGGCAUCCGUCGACGCUCAAACACAGGACAACAAGACAGUCGCGAGAAACCUGGGGCUGCUGCCCAAAGACUUGAAAGGUUAAGGAAAGAGCGGCAGAACCAAAUCAAGUGUAAAAACAUUCAGUGGAAAGAGAGAUCAUCCUCCCAAUCAGUGGAGGAUCUGGGAUCCCUAUUUGAAAAACGGGACUUUAAAGACAGGCCACGGACAACAGGUACCAAAUCCACCCUUUCACUGCGGCUGGAGCAGUGUCCCCAGCAGCUUAACAACCCAUUCAAUGAAUACUCCAAAUUUGAUGGCAAGGGCCACAUUGGCACAACAGCUACAAAGAAGAUAGACGUCUACCUCUCAAUGCAGAUGGCUCAGGAGAAAGUACAUCCAAUGACAGUGGUGACCAUCGCCAACGCCCGCGUCCAUGACCUCAUCGGGCUCAUCUGUUGGCAGUACACCAGUGAGGGCCGAGAACCCAAACUCAAUGAGAAUGUGAACGCCUACUGCCUCCACAUAGCUGAAGAUGAUGGCGAGGUGGACACCGACUUCCCUCCACUGGACUCCAAUGAGCCCAUCCAUAAGUUUGGUUUCAGCACUCUUGCCUUGGUGGAGAAAUACUCCUCUCCUGGCCUCGCUUCCAGACAGUCACUGUUUGUCAGAAUAAAUGCUGCUCAUGGUUUCUCUCUAAUCCCCGUGGACAGUCUGAAGGUAACCAUGAAGGAAAUUCUCCAGAAAGCACUCAAGAAGAGGAAAGGCUCACAGAAAGGCUCAGGGCCCAUGUACCGUCUGGAGAAGCAGACAGAGCCAAACGUUGCAGUAGACCUGGACAUGACACUGGAGAGCCAGAGCACCCUGGAGUUCUGCCUGGUCCGAGAAAACAGCUCCAGGGGUGAGGAGAGCUCAGAGGAAGAUCCUCCUAUUGACAUCACCACAGUCCAAGACAUGUUGAGCAGCCACCACUACAAGUCCUUCAAGAUUAGUAUGAUCCACAAGCUGCGCUUCACCACAGAUGUCCAGCUAGGCAUUUCAGGAGAGAAACUGGAGAUCGAUCCUGUCACCAAUCAGAAGGCCAGCACUAAGUUCUGGAUUCGGCAGAAACCCAUCUCUAUUGACUCGGACCACCUCUGUGCCUGCGACCUUGUAGAGGAGAGAAGCCCCAGUCAUGCGAUAUUUAAGCUCACCUAUCUCAGCAACCACGACUACAAGCCUCUCUACUUUGAGUCUGAUGCUGCUACUGUCAAUGAAAUAGUGCUAAAGGUGAACUAUAUCCUGGAAUCCCGGGCCAGCACCUCUCGGGCUGAUUACUUUGCCCAGAAGCAGCGGAAACUGAGCCGCCGGACCAGCUUCAGUUUCCAGAAAGACAAGAAGACCGGCCAGUAGACAGACUGAAGCUGCUCAGCCACCGGUCUGUCUGUCUGUAUACACGCAGACAGGUACGUAAACAAGGCCUGACAGUCUCGUACACUGACAGCAUCAGGCUAAAUAGAAGUGGAGACUGACAGGAGUCCGAGGACAUGAGAAGAAAACAGUGAUGAGCAGGACCAGGAAGACGUGUCUCUGCUUCAGCUAAGUGAGACCGAAGCCCUCUGAAAGUCCACGAGCAAAGAGAGUCCACGAGCAAAAACAAACUCAUUAUUCUUUUUCUAGAAGAAGAAAAAAAACUUGUGGGACGGAGUUUUUGGCUGCUAGGUCACCGUUGAUUGUUCAUUCACUGCCUGUCCCUCAGGAUGGAUCUGUACAGCUUCAACAAAUCAAAGCUACAUGUUAGAUCUUCGCUUCUGUCCUCCAUCUUUAACAGAUUUAACAACAUGAAAAGAAAACCUUCACAUUUUAAUGUACUGUACAUUCAUAUUUUGCAUUGAUGAAAUGAAAUAACAAUGAUGAUGUAGAAACAAAA